AUGACGGGCUUUUACUUCGCCGCCGAAUCAUCCUGGUCCCCGUAUGUGAUUCUGGUGCUGGCGCUUGCGGCAAUGGUGGCCAACCGGCUGGUGCGCCCCAAACGGCCGAAUGACGGGCUGAAUCACAUCCCGAUGUUGGAGUUCGAAGACGGUGAUAACUCGACGGAGCGCUACAUACGUGACACUUGGGCCCUGCUGCACGCCGGUUAUCUCAAGUACACCAAGCGCGGCAUGCCGUUCCAGAUGCGGAAUCCAGCGGAUCCGGACCACCCGCAGGUCGUGCUACCGGCCAAGUAUCUGAGCGAGCUGAAGAGUGCGCCAGAGAGUCGGUUCAGUUUCCGAUUGUACUCGGAGCAGGCCUUCUUGCUAAACUACAGCCACGCGCCCAAGCAGACCGACCGUACUACUCACAUGGUGCGCACCGAGAUGAACAAGAAUAUGGGAGCUCUGCUGGAGGCUACGCAAGAAGAGAUUGAAGUUGCGCUGGCGUCAAAGCUGCCAAAUUCGACCGCCUGGGAACCGGCGACGCCGUACAUGGCGCUGGCUUAUACGACUUCACGCGCGAUCGCCAGAGUCUUGGGGGGGCGCGAGCUGAGCGGCAGCGAGGAGUGGAUCGGAAUGAACGUGGGGGUCACCGGUAUGACACACCAAGCAGCGCAACAGAUUAGGGAGCAGUACCCGCCACAUCUGCGCUGGAUGGCACGUUGGCGACAUCCCGGCGCCCGGGCAGUGAUUGCAACACGACGGCGGUCUGCACAGAUUGUCGACCCCAUCAUCCAAAAGCGGCUUGCCGGGGCCCAAGACACCAAGCCCGGAGAGCCGGACGGCAUCCAGUGGAUGCUGGCUGCGCAGGGCAGCCGGCGGCCCAGCGCACAAGAGGUGGCUGACGAGCAGCUCUUCGUGGGGAUAGCCUCGGUCCACACCACAUCGGCUACUAGCUUGUCCAUCUUAUACGACCUCCUCGACCGUCCUAACGUUGCUGAGGAGAUCAUCGGCGAGAUCAACGCUGUCGCGGCCCGGCACAGGGACGUCGGUGGGCGCUGGACCAAGCAGGCGCUGUCGGAGCUGGAGAAGCUGGACAGCUUCAUGGCCGAGAGCUUCCGGUUUAACCCCGUCGGGUUGGUGACGAUGCAGCGGUCCGCCGUAGUGGACUAUGUGUUCCAAGACGGGCUACGGCUUCCAAAGCAUACGCAGAUCCUGUUCCCCACGUGCGAGUUCAACCGAGACGGGGAUGUGCACCCAAACCCGGACGUGUUCGACCCCUGGCGCUUCCUCAAGAUGCGCAAGGCAGGAGACCCGAACAAACACCACUUUGCCUACGUCUCGGACCAGAUGAUGGACGAUGUGGGCGUGAGGCUUUGCUCGGGAUCCCCGAACCGCCGAAGCGCCGAGUGUAGAUCCCCGGCGCUGAGGUCCGACACCAGGCCGAAGCAAUGGCCAGGAGUGACUACUAUUGAUUGUCUUCGUGGCAUUUCCGCCCCCGCCCCGCCCUUUCUCUCCUCGCGGUCAGUGGUUUCCGAUCAAUCUUGUUUCGCCCGGCCCCAAAAGCUCGUCGUCGUUAUAGGCCUGUGUCUCCUCCUCUGCAGCCCCCCCCCCGGGGCUCAGGGGCUCCCCACUGCCGCUGACUGGAAAACACUCUCCAACGAGCUAUCAGGUCGGCUGCACCAGGGAGUACCUCUGGCGAGGCCGUGCUUCUCGACAUACAACGGCCAGCCUGCCGCAGCGGACGAGGAGGAAUGUGCCGCCAUCCGGCACCGCUACCUCGAUGCCGAGUUCCGCGCAAAUCAGUACGCAGGCUUCUACUUUGCCCAGGGCGACGGCUGCAUCUCCAACACGACGAACCAAUGCCAGCUAGACCCGGAAAACCUAGGGGCCAGCCCGGGCUCCGGAUUGCCAUGCAACCAGGGCCUGGUCUCCCCGUGGUACGUCGACGUCCGCAGCGCGAGCGACGUGCAGUCGGCGUUUCGCUUUGCGCGUCGGACGGGCACGCCCAUCUCGAUCAAGGCCAGCGGGCAUGACUACGUGAACCGCCACACCCUUCCCGGCUCGCUGGGCCUGUGGACGCGGAACCUCCGCAACAUGACGUACCACGCGACCUUCCGGCCGGCGGGGGUCAGCGGCGCCGAGCCCGUCCAGGCCAUCACGUUCGGCUCGGGCGUCAACUCCAAUGAGGCACAGGCGUUCGCCGGCCGGAACAACGUCACGCUUGUCGGGCCCUCCUCUGCCACUAUCGCCAUCGUGGGCGGGUGGACGUUGUUUGGCGGGCACUCUGUGCUGUCGCCGACGCUGGGCCUCGGCGUGGACCGCGUACUCCAGAUCGAACUCGUCACGCCAGACGGGGCGCUGCGCAUCUGCAACCGGCAACUCCAUGCUGACCUCUUCUGGGCGCUCCGGGGCGCCGGGGCCGGCACGUACGGCGUGGUUCUGAGCAUGACGGUCCGGGUCGAACCGGCCACGCCCGUGACGCUCGCCUUGCUCUCCUUUACGCCGACGUUGGAGAAUCAGGCGCCGUUCCUGGACCUGCUCAUCAACAACACACCCGCGUGGUCUGCCGGCGGCUGGGGCGGCCCCAUGACCUCCAGCUCCCUGGCCCUCGUCAGCCUAGAGCAGGACGAGGCGGCUGCGGCCCAGUCGAUGCGAGCAGCGGCCGACUACGUCCGCGGCGAGAACGGCACGGUCACGAUCGAGCAGUUCCCGACCUAUAGCGAGUUCUACGCCCGGUAUAUCGCCGUGUCCGAGAGUUAUGUUGGCAUAGGCGCGCUACCGACGCUGCGCGUACUGCCCAAACGCCUUCACGAUCAGCCCCAGGGCAGGGCCGAACUGCUGGCUUUCCUCUCGCAACGCGCGCGCAACAACCAGACCCCCUACCUGUUCAUGACACCGCCAGCGCGAUACAGCACGCCUCGUGACAGCACCUCCAUGCACCCGGCAUGGCGCAACAGCUACUGGCUGGCGGGCUUCCAGAGCUCGUACGCGUGGAACGCGAGCGUGGCCGAGCGGCGGGAGGCAGCGCGCGAGGACCAGACGUCCGCGCGGGACUUGACGGCCCUGGCGCCGGAAGGUGCCGCGUAUCCCAACGAGGCGAGCCCGUGGCACCGGGACUGGCGGCGCGAGUUCUGGGGCGACGACAACUACGCGCGUCUGGAGGCUGUCAAGGCUCGGUACGACCCGGCUGGUCUGCUGCGUUGUUGGCAUUGCGUUGGGUUUGAUGAUGCGUGGGUUCAUGCGGACCCGGCGUUUGAGUGCAUGGGUGCGUUUGAUGGCCUUGUUUAG